GAAUGCUCCUCAAUUAGUUGUUUGUAUGUUUGAGACCAUGUGCUUAUGCUUUUUUUAACGUAUUCAAAUUUUGGCGAAUAUUUCAUAUAGAGCUGAAUAGCACUUGCUACAAAUAGUUUUUCGGGACAUGGGCAAGUAAGGGAAAAAGUGGCCAAUAUGGGUAAAGUGGGUUAAUUAUGUAGCAUUUUAACGCCAUUUUGCCCACAUCUUUGCCGAUUAAAAUAACCCAUUUAGCCCACGUUUCGCCUAAAUGCAUUCUGUAACUUGGAACCUUCGACAAUACGUCGCUGGGACUAGUUUGUUACUGACGUAACCUUCCAAUUUCCUGAUAGUGAACAUAGUAAGCGUGAUGUAUGCAGGUAGUUUUGUGUAGAUGAGAUAUAGGCAAUUUGUUUCGGAAACUAUUUGAGAUUCUAUGGUGCACUUAGGUUAACAAGCCUCCUGAGCUAUAAUCACACCUUAAGUUCCCUUUAUAUUUGCAGUGGAUAUCCCGUAUUUGUUGGUUGCCUGGAUUAAGUGGUAAUUAAGUAUGAUUCAACCUAGGUAUUAAAUGUACUGGUUACAGAUGCUGUCGAUGCACAUUUAAAUAAAAGGAGUAUCAUUUAAGAAGGCUGUACUAAAUGAGUUCGUCUACAGAACAGCUGUUGUGUGAUCCAGUUGCAGAAGAAGAAUUCCAAGUUCUCUCUGCAAUCUAUGCUGAUGAGCUUUUUAUUCUUGAACCGGAAAAUAGAGUCUAUGAAAUUUGGAUUCGUCCAGAUGCUGAACAUAUUUCAAAAGAGAAACAAAUUAUCCUAAAAUUCCAAUAUGUUGAUGGAUAUCCUUCGUGCAAUCCAUUGAAAUAUGAAUUACAUGCACCAUGGCUUAAAUAUGAUAUGCUGAGUGAUUUGGAGAAACAGUUGGAUAAAAUCGCCUUAUCUUCUCUUGGUUCACCUGUUGUCCACCUACUAGUUGAAUGUAUUCGAUCAUAUAUGUUGGCGAAUUUAUCUUCAUGUGAUGAAAAACCAACUGAUUGUAAAGUUAAAGCAUCACUACCACCAACACCGACAUCAUCACAGUCUAUUUCAGAGUUAAAUGGUCAUCAAUUAAGUACAGUUGUAUCUGUUCCCUCAGUUAAAUCCCAUCUUGAUAUAUCACCUCAAAUUUUACCAUUUGCUUCAAAUUCUAAAGUACCAGAAAUUUAUCAUGGUGAACCAUUUGUAGAUCGUAAAAGUAUUUUUCAAGCUCAUUGUGCUUAUGUUUCAACGCUUGGUGAGGUCUCCCUUUUUAUAUCUACCCUGGUUAUGGAUAAAAAGAUAGCCACAGCUACGCAUAAUAUAUUAGCUUGGCGUAUUUCAUCAAAAGAAGCUGAUUGUGAUGAUGAUGGAGAAACGCAUGCAGGCAGUCGACUGUUACAUUUGCUUACAUUGUCAGGUGUGGAAAAUGUUGCCGUUAUGGUAAGUCGUUGGUUUGGCGGUAUUCAACUCGGUCCGGAUCGUUUUAAGCAUAUCAAUAAUGUUGCUCGUCUUUUGCUAACUGAACACAAAUUCAUCGGGAUGAAUUCCAGUAAAAGUCCUAGUGAUGAACACCAACAACAGAAUAAAGAGAAACAUGUGAAAAAGAAACAGAAAAAGAAAUAACAAAACUUUUGUGGUUUUACCUAUAUGUUAUAUUUUUUCGAUCAUUCUGUAAUCGUAUUUUUACUUUGUACACACGUAUUUUGAGACCAAAGAAAAAGUUUAAAGACUGG